GCCAUCGUCUGUUCUCAAUGGCUUUCGGGGCUCGUUUUAUUUGAUUGUUUGGACGUCCUUUUUUUUCUUUCUUCACAAUUUCGCCUUGAAAAAAAAACAAUAAUGGAUAUCUUAUGGAUUUUAUGGAUAGUACAGACAGCGCUGGCUCUUGAAGAAACCUUAAUGGACUCCACUACAGCAACGGCUGAGCUGGGAUGGACGGUAUUUCCUGUAUCGGGCACCAGCGAGAACAGUUGGGAAGAGGUGAGCGGGUACGACGAGAACAUGAACACUAUUCGCACCUAUCAAGUGUGCAACGUCUUCGAUGCCAACCAGAAUAACUGGGUCCGCACCAAGUACAUCCACCGGCGAGGAGCUCAGCGUAUCCAUGUGGAGAUGAAGUUCUCAGUGCGGGACUGCAGCAGCAUCCCCCGGGUACCAGGGUCAUGCAAGGAGACUUUCAACCUGUACUACUUCGAAUCGGACGGGGACACGGCCACUAAAAUUUACCCUCCCUGGAUGGAGAACCCGUGGAUCAAAGUGGACACCAUCGCUGCCGACGAAAGUUUCUCGCAGGUGGACUUGGGUGGACGUGUGAUGAAGAUCAACACAGAGGUGCGCAGCUUCGGGCCCGUCUCACGUAAUGGGUUCUACUUGGCCUUCCAGGAUUACGGCGGCUGCAUGUCACUCAUUGCCGUCCGUGUUUUCUACCGAAAAUGCCCACGGGUCAUUAGGAAUGGGGCCGUUUUUCAAGAGACGCUUUCGGGGGCUGAAAGUACUUCACUGGUGGCAGCAAGGGGUGUGUGCAUCCCCAAUGCAGAGGAAGUUGAUGUACCCAUCAAACUCUACUGUAAUGGAGAUGGCGAGUGGAUGGUGCCCAUCGGUCGGUGCAUGUGUAAGGCUGGGCAUGAACCUGUGGACAAUGGCACUGUAUGUCGAGCAUGCCAGUCGGGUUUCUUCAAGCCAGCGCAGGGCGAUGAGGCGUGUCUGCCAUGUCCCAUCAACAGCCGCACCACCAACGAUGGAGCCACCAAUUGUGUGUGCCGCAACAACUAUUACCGCACCGACUCGGACCCCAUCCAGAUGCCCUGCACAACUGUACCGACGGCUCCACUGAAUGUGAUCUCCAAUGUGAAUGAGACAUCGUUAAAGCUGGAGUGGAGUCCACCACGUGACAGCGGCGGGCGCGGCGACGUCGUUUACAACGUCAUCUGCAAGAGCUGCGGUGGCAGAGGCUGUACACGAUGCGGGGACAACGUUCAGUUCACACCACGCCAGCUGGGCCUCACUGACACGUGGGUCUACAUCAGUGACCUGCUAGCUCACACACAGUACACCUUUGAGGUGCAGGCUGUCAAUGGCGUUUCAGACCAGAGCCCACAUUCUCCCCAAUAUUUGUCUGUCAACAUAACAACUAACCAAGCUGCUCCCUCCACAGUGUCUAUAAUUCAUCAGGUUAGCCGUACCGUGGACAGCAUUACUCUAUCCUGGUCGCAACCGGAUCAACCGAACGGAGUCAUCCUGGACUAUGAGCUCCAGUACUAUGAGAAGGAUCAGAUUGAGCAUAACUCAUCCGUUGUGAGGAGUCAGACCAACACCGCCAUCAUCCGCGGCCUCAAGCCAGGGGGAAUUUAUGUGUUCCAAGUGCGAGCGCGUACUGUAGCCGGGUUCGGACGCUACAGUGGCAAGAUGUACUUCCAGACCAUGACGGAGGAGGAAUACAACACCAGCAUACAGGAGAAACUGCCUCUCAUCAUCGGUUCAGCAGCUGCCGGACUAGUCUUUCUCAUUGCUCUGGUGGUCAUCAUCAUUGUGUGCAACCGACGUGGCUUUGAGAGAGCGGAUUCUGAAUACACUGACAAGCUGCAGCACUACACCAGCGGCCACAUGUCACCAGGAAUGAAGAUCUACAUCGAUCCGUUCACUUACGAAGAUCCCAACGAAGCAGUACGAGAGUUCGCCAAAGAGAUUGACAUCUCAUGUGUGAAGAUUGAGCAGGUCAUCGGAGCAGGCCAACGUCUUACAUUCUUAGGGGAGUUCGGGGAAGUGUGCAGUGGCAACCUGAAGCUGCCAGGAAAGAGGGAGAUGUUUGUCGCCAUAAAGACACUGAAGUCGGGUUAUACCGAGAAACAGAGGCGAGACUUCCUGAGUGAGGCCAGCAUCAUGGGACAGUUUGACCAUCCUAAUGUCAUACACUUGGAAGGAGUUGUCACCAAAAGCAGUCCUGUGAUGAUCAUUACCGAGUUUAUGGAGAAUGGCUCACUAGACUCUUUUCUUAGGCAAAACGAUGGGCAGUUCACUGUGAUCCAGCUAGUAGGCAUGCUGCGUGGUAUUGCCUCAGGAAUGAAGUACCUCGCUGAUAUGAAUUACGUGCACCGUGACCUGGCAGCCCGGAACAUCCUAGUUAACAGCAACCUGGUGUGUAAGGUGUCAGACUUUGGGCUCUCACGCUUCCUGGAGGAUGACACGUCUGACCCCACCUACACCAGUGCUCUGGGUGGGAAAAUCCCCAUCCGCUGGACGGCACCAGAAGCCAUCCAGUACAGAAAAUUCACCUCAGCCAGUGACGUAUGGAGUUACGGCAUUGUCAUGUGGGAAGUGAUGUCCUACGGAGAGAGGCCAUACUGGGACAUGACUAAUCAGGAUGUAAUCAAUGCUAUUGAGCAGGACUACAGGCUGCCUCCCCCGAUGGACUGUCCCAGUGCCCUGCACCAGCUCAUGCUCGAUUGCUGGCAGAAGGACCGCAAUAAUCGUCCCAAAUUCAGCCAGAUUGUUAACAACCUGGACAAGAUGAUCCGUAACCCCAACAUGCUAAAGGCCAUGACACCUCUUUCUUCGGGUGUGCACCUGCCCUUGCUUGACCGCAGCAUGCCUGACUUCUCCAGCUUCAGGAACGUUGAUGACUGGCUGGAUGCUAUAAAGAUGGGCCAGUACAAGGACAACUUUGCCAACGCUGACUUCACCAGCUUCGAUCUGGUCUCACAGAUGACAAUGGAGGACAUCCUCAGGGUGGGCGUGACUCUAGCAGGUCACCAAAAGAAAAUCCUCAACAGCGUGCAGAUGAUGAGGGCGCAGAUGAACCAGAUUCAGUCGGUAGAGGUUUGACCUCAAGGCCUAAUCCUGCACACGGAGGCAGGAGGGACAAGCGGACAGAUGGAGGGGGAUGUGUACUGAGCCUGAUUUUCCUUCCUCUAGGCCACCAUUUUUUCCUCUGGUCGUCUGUUCCUAACCCUGCCCUCCAUGUUCUCCCCAUUCCCCUACAAAACCAUCCAGACUUUCGGGCUCACACUACGAAAGUGUCGUCCCACAGAAAUCGACAACACUUCUUCCCCAUCCAUCAGUUGUCACGACUGCCAAAAAAACAUAGCAAGGAGGAAUUUUCACCAAUCAAGAGCAUGUUCAUCUUCUUGCUCUUGCUUCCUUAUAAUUCUUCUUCUUCUUUUUUUUUGUCAUCUAGGUUCUUUUUAAUAAUUUUUUUAAAAGGUUUUUUAAAGGAAAAGAGCUACAUGGACAGAAAGGAUCUAUAUGAUAAGGAUCUAUAUAUAUAUAUAUAGAUGUGUGUAAAUUUGUAGAUGGAUUUCAAUGAAAGGCUACCCUUUAAAAGGGCCGAAUACAACGAAUAGAAAAAUACAAGACCACACAAAGUGCUCCGUCAUUCUGCUUUAUUGUGGAAAUCGUUCAAUAGGAAUAUUGACUGCCUACUCAGAGGCUACAAAUGGAAGAAACCAUGGAACCAUAAUCCUUGUGCCAUCGUUGCAAAGGCAGAGAAAAGCAGAUGAACACCAUUAAAUGGAAACAUCCUUUUGACUGCCACAGAGAAAAAAAAGACACUUCUGUUGUUUAGCUGUUUAAAUCAUCCGGAAAAAAUACAAAAAAGAAAAAAAAAAACACAAAAAAAGUCUUCUCUUCUAAAUAGUAAUCUCAUUGACAGUGUGAUUAUGACUUUGUAAUGAAGAUUCCCUCUGCUUCCAGUCACCAUUGGAAAAAAAGGACCAUUAUUAUUAUUAUUAUUACAAUUUUUCUUUCUUUCUACAGAAGUCAUAACCUGCCAAAUAGGACAUCGCUCUGUCCUACCUCAUAGCUCGUAGGUCCUUCUGUACAUAUCAGAUGCACUCGACAUUGGGACAUCAUCAAUGUCGUCACCAAGUGUGUGACUGUUUUCAUUCAAGCAAUGAUGGGGUUCAUAUUAUAGAAUAUGGUUCUUUUUUUAUUGUUAAUAUUAUUAUUUUCCCCUGUUUGUUGUGGAUUUUAAUAAAUUUAGUGCAGGAAACAUAUAUUGAUUCCCUUCAAAUAUGUAGAGAUAAAAGAAAUGGCUUAGGGUGUUUUUUGUUUUCUUUUGUUUUUUUCAGUUAGUUACAAUUUUACAUAGAAGGACUCUGAAUGAACAUAAGUUUAGAUUUUCUUACACAGUUUCAUCUUCUAAGAGUUCAACCUAGUAUUAAACAAUCAAAUGAGGAGGUCAUUUUUAGAACAUGGCGUUUUCCAUUGGGACGGUAUACACAUGCUUAGUGUUAUAAUGAUUCCACUGGCCGUGCCGAUGGUAUUGGAAAAAAGGUACCAUUAGGACACACAAUAAGUGGAUAAAUCACUCCCGAAUAUGAGGAUGAGUGCAGUACUAUGUUUUACAUGUGACUGGACAGAAAGCUAACAGACACUCGUACCCAUCCCUGUGUGUCUCCAAUGGUACUUAAGAUUUUUGCCUUUUUACCAACAUGAAUAGCAUAAAACAUGAAAACCAUGUAAAUAUCCAUGUAAGAAAUACGUGUUGGAUUUUAGUGUACAGAAUUUUUUGUUGUUGUUGUUGUUGUUGAAAAAUGAAUUAAGAGCUGUUAAAUCUGGGCCUUUAUUCUAUUAGAGAGGGACGAUGGGAGCUGUGGGAUCCAUCCUUAAGAAUGGUCAUAGUGGGCAGUGCGGCAAAUACUGAGCAGACACUAAAACCACAGACACCUCCAGCUGUGCUACAUGAUGUGCGUGUGUGUGAGUGCGUGCGUGUGUCCUGGCAUGGAGGUCACUUGUGGUUAACAGUGCUCAAUUACACUUUGUCUAGCUCAGCUCACCAGAGACUUCCUCCGCUCCAUAACCUCAGGGUUGACGUACAUCUUUAAUACAUUUAAAACCCCCGCGGUACAGCGCAGCUAGUCGCUCCGACCACACUUCAGUUCACAUAAGCUCUUUUUUUCAUAAGUUGGCUGAUUCAGUGCUUCGAGUGGAGCGAUGUGAACUGAUUAAUACGGUGCGGUGCUCAUCUGGCGCCGAUUUUCUGACCACAGAUGGAUCAGAGCCGUUUCUGCCGUGCAUCUUCAUUCGGUCCCAUUUAUUACAUGAAUUGUUCCAUAAGAAUAUCUGCUUAUCUCUAGAGCCACCAUGCUGUAUUUAUAUAUGUACUGUAGAUUUCUAUCUCCAGUAGGCAUAAGCCGCAGGUUUCCUUCUUUUGAUCAAUCCCAUUUUCAUCAUUCCUUUUGCCUAACCAGACCUUUUCUUUUUUCCUCUGAAGACGAGGUUCUUAUUUAUUUAAUAUGGGACGUCAGGAUUUUGCUCACAGUGGUUACAUAAAUCAGUGUGACUAUUUAAUAAACUGAUGGACAGAGACACGAAUUAUCUCUUCCGAACUUUCUGAAACUAUUCACUGAUUUUGCAAGAACCUUAACUCCUGCUUCAGUGUGCCAAUAUUUAAUGGUCACUCGGUCUUCCUAAUAGUACCACCUCUUCCGGUUUUUUUUUUCUUUUCCUCUUUCCUUUCCUGCUUUCUUUCAUUUUCUCAUCUCUGUUUGCAUACCAAAUCAAACAAUUUGCAUUAGAGAGGAGUGUAUGCAUUAUGUUUGAAUUUCAGUUGCAAAGUGAAAUUGACAGGAGGAACGUCAUCUGAAGGCUGUUUGCCGUUGUAAUAAAUCGGCACAACCGCAACGACGUCACCUCUACAUGCCUUUACCCGCAACCUGGCACACUGCCAUCACCCCUGCCUAAUACCCUUCUGAAAAAUGCACUGCUUUUGAACGAAGUGAACUGAUAUAUUUGACGUCGUCACACAUUCAAGGACUUAGUGUUUAUAUUCAUUUGCCUAGAAUUGAUCUGCUUCUAAGAGCAGAAAAAGAGGAAAACACUCUGGAAAAACUAUAAAAGAGACAACAGUAAAGCUAACACAUAGGCUUCAUAAUCAUUUUUCUAGACAUUUUACUUCUUGUAAGCGUAAAAUAGUUCUUUUGGCAUCACUUCCUUUAGAAAAAAAAUAAAAUGUUUCGCGGUGCCCCUGUGGCUUAGUGGUUAGCACUGCGGCCUCGCACCUCAAGGGUCAAGGGCUCGUUUCCCGCCUCGGAUUUUUUUGCGUGUUGAGUUUUCAUGUUCUCCCUGUGCACAAUGGGUUUCCUCUAGGUACACCAGUUUCCUCCCAAAGACAUGAAGAUUAGGCUAAUUGGUAUUCCCGAAUUCCCCAUAGUGUGUGAAUGAGUGUGUGUUGUGUGCAUUUGUCCUGCAAUGCAUUGGCACCCUGUCCAAGGUGUACCCUGCCUUGUGGGGGAAAAAAAAGUUUCCUGGGAGAGGCUUCAGAAUUCCUGCGAACCUGCACAGGAUAAACGGUAUAAAAAAUGAAUUAAAAAAAAGAUGAAUAAUGAAGAAAAUAUUUUGUUAAAAUUUGUAUCGUUCAAAACAUCACCGAUAUGCUCAAACAAACUGUAGUCCAUUUCAAGCUUCAUAUGUCUAGAAAUCGGAAUCAUAUUUCUAUGUGCUUGGUCAUAACCUCCUAAUGGAAAAUAGAAGAUAAUUCAGGUACGUUUUCACUUGUGUGAUAUCAGUGUGAGUUUUGCAUAUUUUUGGGGUGCACUUUACGACUGAAAAUAUAACCACACAUACAUCAGUAUAUGAUUCUGAUAGAAUUACAGAUUUGAAAUGAGUUUUUUAAGAUUCUAGCAGGUUGAUAGAUACAAAUGGCUGUGUGCUACGGCGUAUAUUGCCACGUGUAUGGAUGUAAUAAGAGUCUCAAACCAAUCCGUAACCACAAAGUAAUAUGUUCUCUUCAGGCCAGAUCCUGUCCUCAGGCGCAAUGUGACAGCGCUCUUCUCUAAUAUUUAUUCUUUUUACAUCAGAUGCUUCCAUUUCCACUGUGUCUUGUACUGGAUCUGUUCUUCAUUAUUCACGUCCUUUUUUUUUCUAACUCAUUAAUCAGCAAAGUCAUCUGUAACACAUAUUCUCUUUAAAAACCCUUCAGCAACAGCGUUUAUGCUCUAAAAACAGACUCGGUAUUUACACGGGCGCGUUUCGAUCUCAUUGGUACAGAAUAUUUUUCUCCCAUCGUGUUCUUAACUACUAAAACCAGAGUUUUGAUCUCGGCGGGGGUCCGACUGCUUCAUCCGUCUUUCCGUUUCAUAACCUGUCCGUCCCGGAAUGCUGUGUGAACUUCAAAGUUGUAAAAAAGAGAGAUGAUUUGUGAAAAGUGUGAAAGGAUAUUACGGAGAGCGAGUGAGAGCAAUCCGUAGCGUUAGAUCGUCUCGCCGCAAGAACCCUAGCGUACGGACGCUGGAAUGUUUAGGUUAUUUGUCAUGUUGCGCUAGUCGGGCUGAGGUUUUCAAAGAUGAUCGGCUGGAUAUCGUGUGCUCGACUCGCUGGCAUGUGAAUACAAAGCCACCAGCCACAUGUCACAGAGGAGUUAUUAAAAGAACUAACGGAGUCAUUUCGGUGGUGACAGUUGUGCUGCGCGUACAUCGUAACCACCGAAGAUUUUCCUCCCUCACCACUGGUAAGUUUAAUCAUGACUAUCAUGGCACUCCGCACAGUUUACAAGCCCUUUCGCUAAAAGCCGAGAGCGACGGCAAGCUGUGAAAGGCAUAUGCUCUCAUUCUCCGCAGAACCAUUCACCAACUGUGUGCCAGUUGCAAAAUGCAAGCGGAAGACCAUUUUGUCUCAGUGUUACAUUGAGCAGUGAAUGUAAACACAAGAUGUCCCUGGCUCCUUCUGCUCUCACCCUCUCUCACUCUCUCUCUCUCUCUCUCUCUUUGGAGCGGCCCAUGUCCUCCAAAUAUGGUCCAAAGUGUUCAGGAGAGAAAAUGACUCCUAAACGUGGAGCUGUUGCCCGUAGCAUAGCUGUGCCCUCUGGUGUUAGGAUGGCGAUACUGCAGUACGGCUGUGACGGAGCUUCCCCGUGUCUCAGCCCUGAUCCUGUUUUGAAGGACAGGGGACGAUUCUCCCUCUGACAGGCAGGGCUCGCGUAGAGCCGCUGUCCACCCUUACCACUGUGACACACAUGGGAGGUCCCUGUUUUUGAUGUAUAAAAUGUACAUUUGACUGUAACCCUGUGAAUGAUGUAACAAUUUCCUUAUUUGUAAUAUUGUUAUUGGUUUAUUUUCUAAAAAUGCGAGAAAGAAAAAAAAAGCCCAA